AUGUUUCCACUGCUGUGGUUUUCUGCGUCUACUUGGACUCUCCUGGUUCUCUUCUUUACCCUGUUGUUACUGUAUGGGAUCUGGCCUUACAGAUUUUUCAAAAACCUUGGCAUUCCUGGACCUACUCCCAGACCUUUCAUAGGAACAAUAAUGAAUUUUAGCAAGGGCCUUCUACCUUUUGACCGUCUGUGCCACCAGAAGUACGGAGAUAUUUGGGGGCUGUAUGACGGCCGUCAGCCAGUUUUAAUGGUGGCAGACCCUGAAAUCAUAAAGACUAUCUUAGUGAAGGAGUGCUACUCUGUGUUUACCAACCGAAGGGAAAGUGAUCUUGUCGGUCCAAUGACUGAUGCGAUUACAACAGUAAAAGAUGACAGGUGGAGGAGGAUUCGAAACACACUGUCUCCAUGUUUCACCAGUGGGAGACUGAAGAAGAUUUUUCCCAUUGUUGAGCGCUAUGCAGAUCAACUAAUGCUGACACUGCAGAACAGAAACGUGGAGGAGCCCAUUGAUAUUAAAACGUUUAUAGGCCCCUACAGUCUUGACGUUGUGGCCACUGCAUCUUUCAGUGUUGAGACAGAUGCCAUAACAAAUCCAGAUGGAGUAGUUGUCACUCAUUUGAAGAAAAUUAUGAACUUUUCAUUUUGGCCCUUCCUUAUACUAAUGGUGUUUCCCUUUGGUGGUCGAAUAAUGAAGGCUUUGGGGAUCUCUAUGAUGGCCAAAGACAGUGUGAACUUUUUUUAUGACAUCAUAAAAAAAAUUAAAGUGCAGCAUGAUUCAGAUAAGACUGCAAGAGGAGACUUCCUUCAGGUGAUGAUUCAGAAUGAAAUUCCUGAAUUACCAGAUGAAAAUGAGCAGCCAAGUAAAGGUUUGACAGAACAUGAAAUCCUUUCCCAAGCCUUUAUUUUCAUCUUUGGGGGCUAUGAGACCACCAGUGUGACCCUCUCCUUUAUGUUUUACCAUUUGGCAACCAACCCAGAGGUUUUGCAGAAGCUGCAUGAGGAGAUUGAUGCCAGCUUACCUAAAGAUGCUCCAGUGACAUAUGAGGAUCUGGUCAGUCUAAAGUAUUUGGAUCAGGUCAUCAAUGAGUCCCAGCGGCUGACCCCAACUGCCCCACGUCUUGAGAGAUUGUGUAAAAAGACAGUGCAGCUCCACAGCAUCACUAUUCCAGAGGGAACCCUGGUCGGAAUCCCGGUGUCACUGUUACACACAGAUCCACGUUUCUGGGACCAUCCCGAGCUCUUUAAGCCUGAGAGAUUUCAUGAUGAGUCUGAAAUCAACCCAUAUGUGUACAUGCCUUUUGGACAAGGGCCACGUAACUGCAUUGGAAUGCGUUAUGCCAUCUUAACCAUGAAAAUGGUUGUGGUGCGCCUCCUGCAGAACUACACUUUGGAAACGUGUAAAGAAACUAUGCUUCCGCUGCUGCUCAACUGGAAGUCCCAACCCGUGAAGCCUAUAAAACUUAAAAUUCUUCCAAGGGAGCAUCAUAAAGUUCAAUAA